AUGGGAAUUACUCCUGGCUACUAUGCCUCCGUCUGGAACAAGGUUGAUCCUGGAUUCGCGGGUUUGAAACAGUUAGACGAGCACGGUAAUUAUAUAGAUAAAAAAGCGCUUGACUGGUUCAACAAGUUCGACAAAAAAUACAAUGAUCUUUUUCAGCAUAUGAACUCGCCCGCAGAGUUCAUUGCAAGAUUCAAGAUGGUGGAAGAAGCAGAGAUGAAAAUGUCAUGGAUCGGUCGCCUUUGUGCUGGCUUGGAGAUGAGAAGAACAAGCCGCAUUCUCAAAAAAGGUCUUCCUGCAGAAAAACUGCUCGAUCGACACGUUUCGCCUUUUUUGUACCUAAGGUGGUUAAUGGAGAAAUAUCCAGAACUGCUUGAGAAGGCUUCGCUUGACGAGUGGCUUAAACAUCCUGCUUUUAAAAUUUGGUCGGAUUAUGUAAAGCUCUAUGAAGAGAAGUUUCCUUUUCCAGAUGCACUGAAAGUAUAG